UGGAAACCCUCAGUCUGGAGUAGUGGAGGACCCAACUCUGGCGGCUCUUCAGGCGGACCCAGCCAACCCGCCAGCGGAGGUCGCAGAGACAACGAAGCCAUUGGAGCCAGCGGAGCCAGCCGCGCAGCCCCUUCAAGCAGAACGCUCUUCCUCGGCAUUACGCUCACACGCAGCGUCGUCCGCAGCGGCUGUUCCCAAGGUGGUGGAGAAGGAGGUCAUGACCCCGGAGAAGGCCGCUGCUGCCGCGGUUCCAGAAGAGAAGCCGAAGCUCAACUUCGGUGGCAAGACGGAGCGCGUGGCCACAUGCCGCCUUUGUGAAGAAGCUCGCACUUGGGCGCAAAAGGGGUCUUUUUGUGAGUACUGCACGGGUGCGUUCCGUCGUGCUACAGGCCACCAGCGCCUUCACAUACUCUUUGAAGACCAGCAUUUGGCAGAGUCCGUGCGACAGGAGAGUAAGACAAAGCGUGCUGAAGCUGAAAAUGCUUCGCCGCCUAAGAAAGGGCUGGAAAAGAAGCUCGAGGAGUUCCUGCGCCGCUUCGAAGAGGUUCUGCCACAGCAGCGCCGCAUCGUCGCCAACGAAGUGGUAGAGGAGCUUACGGCGAACUGCAGCGAUCUCCGCUUGAUCCUACAGCGGGAUGCUGCCCAGGACACAGCCUGUGGCCUGCUACUAGAGCAGCUGGGGAAGCUACGAGCAACGGUCCCCGCCAGCACAAACCUUGACGUCCCCGUCAUCACACUCACGCAGUUGGACUCUGCUGUCACCAAGGUACCCUUGCCGCAGGAGGCCCUCACCGCAGCCGGUUACACCCUGACCAAGCAUAGCGCAGCUGCUGCCGCGGAAGGCCCAAAAAGUCAACAGCGCAAGCGAGGCCGCCGCACAAAGGUGAACAGUAGGAACAAGAAAAUGGUCGUCGCCCAGCACUUGCGGAAGAAGCGCUACCGAGUCUUCCUUGAGGAGCCAGAGCUUCACGAGUCCAUGUCGUGGUCCACCUUCCACUCCAUCAUGAAGCGACACUUCCCUCACGUGAAGAACCCCAUGAGGCAGACGGACAUUUGCGAGCACUGCAAGCAUUUGGAGCGUCACUUGCUCCCAGCAGCUCAGAGGGCCUUGGCCAAGCACAGGCUUGAGAUCGAAGAGUUCUCCCAGCAGUAUUUCCACCCCUUCGACAGCAGCCCUGCGACAAUUGAGAACAAGGAGAAGACUGACAAGUUCCCCUUGUUGGCCACUUCUUUGGCAUUCGUGCAGCAACAGAACUUCAACGCCGCCAACUCCAGAGAAAGGCAAGCGCUUGGGCUUGCCACCCGACUUGCUCUCCACAGUGCUGAAGCGUCUGCCAUCCACACCCUGAAGGGGCAUGUGGAGCUGUUGGAAGCUUACCGCUGGCACCAAACCUCUGCAAGGCGGCAAGAAGCAGCGUUGGAACAGCUUGCUUCAGGGGAGUCGCUGCCUGCUUCCGCUGUCCUCCUGCAGAUGGAUUUCAAGGAGAACGUGAGAUACCCGCUCAGUGCGCAAGAGACAGGAGACGAGUGGCACGCGCAAAACAAACUGUCUCUCACCGUGUUUGGGGUCUUUGCGCGGGUGCCCACACGCACGGGAACACACGUGGACGUGUACCUCCUCUUGGUCUCGGAAGUUUUGGACCAUGACGCUCAGGCCGCCAACAUGUUGGUGAAUGAGGCCAUUGCUCUUCUUCGACGUCAUCCUGGCACACACUGGCCUGCAGUCAAAAAGCUCAUCCUUGCCAGUGAUGUCGGACCGCACUUUCGGUCGUACGAAAACGCGGUGAAAGUUCUCAACGUGGAAGUCGAAGUGCUCUACCUGGCUGAGCAUCACGGAAAGGGAGCUUGCGAUAGGCUCUUCGCUUGGACUCGCAUGUGGGUGUCCCGGUUCAUCCAGAAGCACCCUAUUUACAACCUGCGGGAUCUCACGCAGUGCUACCGAGAAGGCGCGGCUUCGAGGAUAGCCGACGACCCGACCACGCCAGCCAUCCUUGUCUCAAACUUCGACCCUGGCCGCUUCCGACCAACGAAGCGGAGCUUUCUGUCCGCCGCCACGCUCAAAAUUUCACGAACCUACAGCCUGGUAGCCUUGGACCGUCAUGCCGCGCCUGGUGUGCGCAUCGUCAACCAUGUUUUCACGGAUUUGAGGCAAGGGUCGAGGGUCCUGCCCUGCCACGUGGAUGAGGUGGUGUCGGAGGAGAAGGUGGAGUGGCGGCGCGGAUACUACGACAAGCCGCGCUCCUGGGAGCAAGCAGGGCCGGAGCCAGGUGAUGUUAACCACGUCACCCGGCGCUUUGCUGCGCAAAAGACCUUCCUCCCAGACAGAGAGGUUGCUCCAAAACGAAGCCUUGAAGAGAAAAUGUCAGCCAAGGCCAAGCAGCUCAGCAAGCACGCUGCCAAGAAGAAGCGGGAGCUGGCUGAAGGCUCGUCCUCUUCUGCAAGUAGCAGCAGCAGUAGCUCCUCAACCUCCUCGGAGAAAGCCUAA